CUUUGAAUCCAAAGCUUAAAGAACUUCGCUUGAGCUAUCUCUCUAUCCCUAAUGGCCACUCAUGAGGAAGUUGCAGCUCUGGAUCUCGUCAGGAAUCAUUGUCUCGACGAUUACGCCUUACUUGAAAAUUUCAUUAAUGAAAUCCCGAACUAUUUUUCGAACAUGCCUGCAGAGAAAGAAUCGAUUACUGGAGAGACGUUAAAAUCAUCGAGCGUAGAAUCCUAUUCGUUCUGUUCUGGAACAGUGAGCUCUGGGUCUCUACCUCCUCCUAAGCUUGAAACUGAGGUGUUUGAUGACAUCUUUACAUCUCUGUCGAAACCUCUGGUUCCAGAUUCAGAAAUAUCAGUCUUUGAUUAUAUAGACCUCAGCGGGAAACAGGAGAAUGGAGAUGUCAAUAUGUUUUCUUUCGGCACUAAUUAUCAAAAUGGUUUCUUUCAAUGCGAGGCCAAACCUCAAACUAUCGAAUUGACGAAAACAAACACUCCAAGCUCUGCUUCUCGUCGACCAUCUCUGAAGAUUUCUCUUCCUCCGGCACAGAAAAUCGAGUGGUUCGACUUCAGCGAACCUAAACCCGUUCCUGCUCCUGCUCCUGCUCCAGCUCCGAACCCAAAGCCUUCUUAUUCAGGGGAGAGAAGGCAUUACAGAGGCGUAAGACAACGUCCAUGGGGAAAAUUCGCGGCAGAGAUUCGAGACCCUAGUCGGAAAGGUUCCAGAGUUUGGCUUGGGACUUAUGAAACCGCCAUUGAAGCCGCUAGAGCUUACGACAGAGCGGCGUUCAAGAUGCGUGGAAGCAAAGCCAUUCUCAACUUUCCUCUCGAGGCUGGUAAGACAUUAGAACCAGUGUCAAGCAAUUGCAGGAAAAGACGCAGAGAAGCUGAAACAGAGGAAACACAAGAACACCCACAACAACGAAAACAAAAACAAGAAGUAGAAGAAGAAGCACCACCAAUGAAGUCGGUGAAAACAGAGUGGUCACCGGAAUAUGAUGUCACGGUAACGGCUCCGGCAGGAUGCCCAUUAACGCCGUCAAGUUGGACGGCCGUUUGGGAAAGCGGGGAUGUUAUGGGAAUCUUUAACGUGCCUCCACUGUCACCGUUAUCUCCGUUCGGGUGUCAUCGACUCCUGGUCAACUAAAGGGUUAAACGGUGCUG